AUGUCCAGCACGACCCAGCCCCAGGGCGCCCUCGGUGAAAGCUUCGAGACGUCUUCGUCCUCGGUUCGCCAUUCGCGGCCGGGAAGCAUCUCCCUCCCGCCGCCACCGCCGCUGGACCGUGACGAGCCCGCCGCCGACUUUGACACCAACACGCUCGCCCUCGUCCUCCCCCACCAGGCCCUGUUUGCCCCCGAGGCGCUGCAUCUCCUCCGCGAUGCAUUCUCGGGUUACGGUCCUCUGGCGCACUGGGCUCCCGUGCGUGGCUUUGGCCGUGUGAUCAUUGUGUAUGAGCGCGACGAGGACGCCUUGUUGGCCAAGACGCACGGCGACUGGUUCCGUCUCGACGUGGAUCUGGACGCCGAGGACGACGACCACGAGGCCCAGAAGCCUGUCGACGCCACCACCCAGCCGGGAGAGGGAUACUUCGGGCACUCGCGCAAACCGUCGCGCACAUCAAAGGGCAUCGUACUCCGCGUCUACGCCCUCCCCCGCACCGAUCUGAGCGGGGCAGACAACCACCUGCGUCCGCCCGAGGUCGAGCGCAACUUCCUGAUCUCGCCACCGGGCUCGCCACCCGAGGGGUGGGAGCCCAUCGUCGAGGAGGGCCCGAACGCGGCACCUUUGGCCGACGACCUGCGGCGCGCGCUCGAGGCUCUCCAGCUCUCCGGACGCGGCCGGGGGCCCGAGGUUAUCCUCGACGAAGGCGGCGUGCGCGUCGAAGUCGAGGACACGAGCCACGACGACGUGCCCGAGUGGGGCGAGGAGGAGGUCCAGACCGGCGGACCGAACAUCUGGGUCGCGCCGAGCCAGGAUAAUGGCAUGCCCACCUCUGGGUUUGGAGGACUGGGCGGGAGCGCGUUCCCCAAGGCGACUAUCGCCAGCAUGAUGCCGACAGCGCGCCCGCCGCCGCCCGCGUAA